CCUGCGCCGGCCCCUCCCCGUCGCCUCUCCCCGGCCAACCCCUUCCCACGCCAACCUCCCCGGAAGUGCUGGCGGAGCGUUCUUGAAUGGAGCGCGGACCUUGCGCCUUGGCGUCCGCCUCCGCCACGAUCGCGCUGUUCGCUUGGGGUGCGAAUAGCUAUGGGCAACUUGGCCUUGGCCAUAAGGAGGAUGUGCUUUUGCCCCAGCAACUGAAUGACUUCUGUCAACCUGGAUGUGUCAGGAGGAUUACGGGAGGAGGAGGCCACUCUGCAGUUGUCACAGAUAGAGGAGGCCUUUUUGUUUGUGGCUUGAACAAAGAUGGGCAACUGGGACUUGGUCACACAGAAGAUGUUCUGUAUUUUACCCCCUGCAUGCCCCUCCUUGGCUGUCCCAUCCAACAGGUGGCCUGUGGCUGGGAUUUUACCAUUAUACUCACAGAAAAUGGUCAAGUUCUAUCUUGUGGAUCCAACUCGUUUGGCCAGUUAGGAGUCCCUCAGGGGCCUCGAAGAUGUAUUGUUCCCCAGGCCAUUGAGCUACUGACAGAGAAGGUUAUGUGUAUUGCUGCUGGCCUGAGGCAUGCAUUAGCUGCUACAGCAAGUGGCAUCGUGUUCCAGUGGGGGACCGGUUUGGCAUCAUCCGGACGGCGAUUGUGUCCUGGGCAGACUCUUCCAUUAUUUUUGACAGCAAGGGAACCAAGCAGAGUGACAGGUCUUGAGAAUUGUAAAUCAGUAUGUGUUUUUGCUGGCUCAGACCACUCAGCUACAUUAACAGAUGCAGGAGAGCUGUAUGUUUGGGGGAGCAACAAGCAUGGGCUACUGGCAACCCAGGCUACUUUCCUUCCUACACCCCAGAAAAUACAAGCAUGUUGUUUUCAGAAUGAAAAGGUCACUGCUGUCUGGAGUGGGUGGACACACCUGGUUGCUCAAACAGAAACUGGCAAGGUGUUUACCUGGGGCCGAGCAGACUAUGGUCAGCUAGGGAGGAAGUCAGAGGCUCAUGAAGGUUGGACACCAGAGAAACAGGAUUUGUCCCUCUGCAACUGGAGACCGAACAGCAUGCCUUCCUCUCUGCAGUGCCUAACGGGAGCAACCGAGGUCUCAUGUGGCUCAGAGCAUAAUUUGGCAGUGAUUGGUGGGACCUGUUACUCUUGGGGCUGGAACGAGCAUGGAAUGUGCGGGGAUGGCACUGAAGCCAACGUCUGGACCCCCAAGCCGGUGCAGAUUCUGAGGUCAGCAUUGGGACUCCUUGUGGGCUGUGGGGCCGGCCACUCCCUGGCCCUCUGCCGGCUGCCAGCCCUCUCUGCAGGGGCCCAGGGGCCCAGGGUCACUGACACUUCCCCAGAUGCCACUGAAGAUGCCGAAUCUCAGGAAGCCAUGAACAGAGAGAGAAACUAGAAGGGAAGACAAUCAGAAACUUCAGCCCAAAGCCAGUCUAGCAGGUGCAGAAAUGGGGGACUUGUGACAGGGAACCUUUAAUAAAGUGGUUUUUCCAACAAAA